AUGACCAAGCAAACCCCACAAGCAAAGUCACCUACAAACGCUACUUCUCGUAUGUCGUAUAAAAAGUCGGACAAGCGAAACAGCAAAACCGCCGAUCAAGUCAUUCUGGAAUGGUUUCAAUCGCAUGGCAAUGUUACGCGCGCUAUCAGUAACGGAUCUCUGGACCAUGAGAGGUUUCGCUUUACAAAACAGAUAUGGCUGGCCGUCAACAAGCAAAGCAGUCCACCCAGGACAUGUGCCUCAGUACGGACCCGUGUACAUCGAUGGUUGUGCACCUUUCGAAAGGCAAGAACGAUGGCAAAGGAAGGCAGUAGCAAACGAGCAAUCAAAAAGGUCUUUCCUUACUAUUACGAUCUUAUGAAUCAUAGCAAUCACCAACCACAUCGACAAAAGAGGAAAGGGGUCAUGAUUUCAUCACCCGGCAGUAACCUGCAUGAAGCCAUAACAGAUCAAGAAGCCCUAGUACCAUGCUUAUCACCAUCAUCAUCAAUGGAGCUGGAUACACGUGUACCUUACAAACCUAUAUCACGACGACGUCAACCUUCACCAUCAUCUUUACCACCUCCACAACCACAGAUCAUUAUACCAUACAAACCAAUGCCAGACAUCAUGACAACCACUAGUGAUAGCAACGAUGAUGAUGAAGAUAACGAAGAGGAAGAACAAGAAGAACAAGAAGAGCAGGAGGAGGAAGAGGAGGAAGAAGAAGAAGAAGAAGAAGAAGCAGAGCAAGAUAACAAGAACACCCAGUCGGCUUAUGACGAUGAUCGUAUGAAAUUGGAGAUGAUACAAUUGUUACAGAAAAGCUAUGACUAUAUAUUGUCUGUAAGCCGAACACAAGAAAUGGAACGAAAGACGUCGCUUAUUCGAACAAUGCGUGAUGCAGGAUUCUCAAAGGAUGAAAUCAUGUCGGUCCUCAAUACAUCAAUGUAA